GGCCUCUUGCCGACGGUGUAGGGUGGAUGCACGGCACGUUUCUCGAACGACUUCUCUCGCCCAAAGGAUAUUGAUCUUCCCUUAAAUAUGUCGCUUUUUGGAUCACUUCUCUCCGGGUUUGACGACGACCCGUUUUUUGGGGGUCCGAGGAGUAUCAUGAGGCAAAUGGACCGUAUGAUGUCGUCCAUGAUCCGUGACCCAUUUCAGGACGACCCCUUCUUCGCCAGCGGCCAUGAGAUGUCUCCCUUCCCAGCACUGACAGCUGGCCCUGUGGGGAGUGCAAGGCACCACCAGUCACGUGCUGUCGAUAGGGACCCUUUCGCUCUCGCAAUCCCCAACAUGACCAAUAUUAUGUCUUCCAUGGACCAGUUAGCAGGACAGGGGAAUUGUCAUACCUUUAGUAGCUCUUCAGUGAUGACAAUGACAACCGGUCCAGAUGGUCGACCUCAGCUAUACCAGGCAUCUGCUUCAUCCCGUAGUGUGCCUGGUGGUGUAAGGGAAACAAGACGUACAAUUAGUGAUAGUCGAUCAGGUACACGCAAAAUGGCAAUUGGUCACCAUAUUGGUGAGCGCUCACACAUUAUUGAACGUGAGCAGUCUAGAGAAGGAAGCCUUGAAGAAAAGCAAGAGUUUAUAAACCUUGAUGAAGAAGAGGCACCACAAUUUGACCAGGAGUUUCGCCGUCGAACUCAGCACAUGCAUAGUGGAACCUCUCUGGAUUACAGACCCAGAAAUCGAAGUUCAAACACCUCAUACAAUCGGGUCACCAGUGUCCCUGCAAUUACUUCUUCAUCUCACUACAGAAGGCUUCAGGAAAUGGAGCUAACGGAAGCAGCAGAUAGAACUGAAGCUCUCGAAGCCAAUGUAGACAAUCUGGCAGCAGAAUGGACGAAAAUAACUGAAGAAAACUAUGAUCUUCUAUUUGUCGACGGGCAUCUACAUUGUAACUGGCGGAUUAAUGAUGUUUCUAAACGUGGAAUUCAAGAUGCCUGCCCAGUCGCUCUCCAAGCAGCUGCUCAAGCACCUCGCCAGUGCGGAGGUUCUGAUGUUCCUGGGAGCCAUGCUGGCCGUCGGUACGUCUCGCCUGUGCCUGAUGUGCUUCUUAGCAUUUAG